AUCCGCGAUUCUUGCAAAAGCUGCCCAUUGUGAAGAAGAACUCCUGACUGUGUCAGAUAAACAAACAGAAAUAACACUAGAUUGUCCGUAAAUGUGAAGACUGCGGAGAUUUAUUUAGAGUUGAGAUGGCAGAAGCAGCGGAAAAAGCCUAUUACCGGUUUGUGGUUCUGUUUUUUAACUGUAUGCUGACAUUCGGCUCUUAUUUCUGCUUUGACAUCCCUAGUGUCCUACAGGAGCAGUUUCAGGGGAAUCUGUCAUGUCCAAAUGGGACGGUGAGUAACAGCACUGGUAAUGACACCGGGACGUGCGUGGAGGGUUUGGGAAUGACGCCGCAGGAGUAUAAUCUCCUCUACGCCAUUUAUGCCUGGACGAAUGCUGUAGUGGUGAUCAUGGCAGGAUUCCUCAUUGAUAAGUUGGGAAACCGCUUUGGUGUGUUCCUCUUCUCAUUCCUGACCGUAUUGGGGUCGGCAGUCUUUGCUUUGGGAUCUCAUUUUAAGGGCACGACGUACCUGUUACCCCUCAUGCUGACCGGACGACUACUGUUCGGCUCCGGAAAUGGAUCCCUCACCAUCGUACAGAAUCGCAUCACAGCGUUCUGGUUCCGAGGAAAGGAGCUGGCACUUGCGUUUGGACUGACGCUGGCGUUCUCCCGCUUGGGCUCAGUUAUGAACUUUUUCUUUACACAGAGGUUUGAGUCUCUGUACGGGAUGCAGUGGACGCUGUGGGGAGGCACAAUCCUGUGUGUUCUUGGCUUCCUGUCGGCUAUUACCGUCAGUGUUCUGGAUAAGAUGGGUAUGAAGCAACUGGGAUUGGAUGGAGUCAUACAGGAGGAAUCACGAAAAGUGAGAAUUCAGGAUGUGAAGCGUCUGUCUCUCAGAUACUGGCUGCUGGUCCUCACUAUCAUGUUCUUCUAUAAUGGGAUCUUCCCCUUCAUCGCUGAUGCCAGUAAGUUUAUCCAGGAUAAAUACAGCGGGUACAGUCAGAAAGAGGCGGCGUAUAUUGCGGGUGCUGUUUAUGACAGUUCAUUGGUGCUGUCUGCUGCUGUCGGCAUCCUCAUUGACCACGUGGGUUUGCGUGGGGUGUUUGCGGUGUUGUGUGCAGUGUUGACACUUCCUGUGUUUGGACUCCUGGCUUUUACAUUCGUCCCUCCUCUCGUAUCAACCAUCUGGCUUGGCAUCACUUAUUCAUUUGCUGCUGCGAGUAUGUGGCCCUCGAUUCCUCUGGUGGUGCCGCAAGCCACACUGGGCACAGCAAUGGGUUUGGCCACAUCAGUACAGAUGAUUGGCAUCGGCAUUUCCAACCUGGUGGUGGGACAGAUACUGGGCACCAAGUCUAGUGACGUGAAGAUCCCGCUGUGGAGAUGGCAAUAUAUGAUGAUCUUCAUGCUGGCUAAUACCAUCAGCUGUAUUAUCACAUCUGGCAUACUCAACAUCAUUGACUACAGACAGGGGAGCACGCUCAAUAAGACGACUAAGAAGUCAGCUGCUCAGAACACCGCCACUCAAGCAGACAGAGAUCCGCUGAUAAACAAAGAGAGCGAAGAGACAGAGGAGAUAAAUGACGUUCCCUCUAUCAACAGGAGCUGAAGGAAUCACUUACACUCUUAACUGUUGUGCAUUUGCAUUGGACGGUUGCUAAAGGGAAAACACAUAUACUCUCAAAAGAGUGUCAUACAAUGUUCAGUAUUAACACUAACAUAAACAUAAAGACUUCAGGUACACUGCCCUGAGGAUUUUCUCAUGGGUCAGGACAAUCCUUUUACUCAACUCUUGACUGCCAAAUUUUAGCGUUGUUUUAUUUUUUAUUUUUAAAUAAAUUAGAUGGGUCAGUUACAUUUUCUUUUUUAUUGUGGAAUUGAUUAAGGAAGGUAUAGACUAAGCUGAUGUGGAAAUGGAAAAAGGACUGCUCCAUUGCGUCAUGACAUAAAGUACAAUGAUCAAACAGCCACUGGAUACAUCAUUUUACACAAGCUGGUCAAUAAUGUCACUUGCUUACUAAUUUGAGAGAAUUUGUUUACCAUGUUAAGCCAUUUUGAAAACAUCAGGAGAAAAGGUUAGCAGAAGGUGAUACGAGUCAAAUUCAUGUAUUGACUGACCUUGUAUUAUAAGAAAUUGCUUAUAAAAUGAAUUAAUAAUGUGCAUUUUGCAGUCCGGGUAUUUUAUGAAACAAAAAUAAAGCUUGUG